UCACUCUUGUUCUCCUACAAUCCGUCUGGAAUCAUUGACGCUCACAAUUCACUCUGAACCCUACUAAGAAAACUACAUCCACGUUAUCAACUCUCUAUCUUUCCAACAAUGCCUUCUCCGUUCCACCAGAAGUACUCAUCCCAAAGUCACAAGAUCUUUGGAGACACCACCACACCAGCUAUGCCAGAGGGACCCAAGCAGGAAGCUGAUCGACGAGCAUCGGACUCCUCAGUGAAUUCUGCUUCUUCUCCCACUGAACGCCGCAGGUCGUCGGCCGCACAGCGAUUUGGAAAUCUUGAGAAUCUUAAGCGUCCCCAAGAUGAACAGCACACCAACAGGAGGCAGUCCCUGCAAGAUUCAUAUGGAAAGGUUGGAUUCUUGGGUUCCAUGUGGAAUAACUUUACGCGUGGUCCGGCAGUCCAACCUAAAUCUCAGCCUCAGCAGCCAAAGGAGCCCCGAGACACGACUACGCUGAGGGGCUAGUUCCCUUUGAUAUCUAUUGAUGCCACCGGAGAUUUGAGAGACUCGGUGUUUGUAAGGCGAAGAUCGACAUUGAUACCUUUAUUGGAAGGAGCCAAAUUGGACUCGUCUUGUAGUAGUUGGUAUGUAUCAUAGGCAAAUGGCGCUACUGUUGAGUUCUGGGCUAUUCUCAGAUGUAUCGUAGUUAUCACAUUAAUGAGUUAACGAACAAG